GCUCUCCAAAUGCCAGAUCUGCCCCCAGAAAUCCUCAUGGAGGUAUUCAGCUACUGCUGCUUGCCUUCGCAGUCAUACUAUCGACUACAAAAGAGUCCUGCGCUUAGUCUCAUCCAAGUUUGCCAGGAAUGGCGGUCAAUAGCCCUCAGAAUGAACGAGCUUUGGGCGUCCUUUGCCCUUCGACUUCCAUCGCUUACAGGAUCCACCACAGUUGAACAAAAUCUUCUUGAGCUACUGUCUUUGCACCUUGCACGUUCUAAUAGUCAUCCACUGUCUAUCGAUGUGGAUAUCGACAACAGUCCAAACUGUAGUCUGUCGGAGGCUGGUUUGCAAUAUAUAAUACUGCUGUGCCAACAUUCCCGUCGAUGGUUUGAUGUUAAGCUGCCAAUAAACCAUACGACACUCCCGCUUCUCACCUCCCAUCUUAGCGGCAGUCUUCCCUGCCUCGAAAGCCUCCACCUGCGGCUUGAUGGAGCGAUUGGCAAAGGUUCUCAUGGUGCCCCGUUCUUCGCAAAUCACGCAACCAAUCUCAGAAAGCUCGUUCUGCUCUGCUCUAUGCCCUUUGAUCUUCCACUCCCGACUGUCCAGCUCACGGAAAUGCAUCUCGGUGCAGCAGCGACAAUGGCUCUGCUCCAAAUAAUCGACAACGGCGCGUGGCCAUGCCUGACGAUUCUUCACCUGAAUCCUUAUUACCAACUCAAAUCCUCUGAUGGCCCUCCCCGCCUUCUUCCUCGCCUGAAGAAACUAAUCAUCGCUUUGCGUGAUUCCUACAAUCGCAACCCGAUCAUCGACCUUCUUGACAGCCUUCAAACUCCAGUUCUCGAGUCUUUCGAGGUCUGGGGUCUACGCGGGAUCAUUCUUCCCCGACACUCGUUUGUCUGCUUUAUGCAGCGCGCCAGUUGCAAAAUCACGCAUUUGCGUGUCACCUUUCAGGAUAGCCUCACCACAUCCAACCUUCUCCAUAACCUCCGGACGCUACCCAUGCUCUCGCACUUGGGCAUAUUCGCGCUGGGAAGUGAAGCGAUGAAUACGGCGGCCGAUAUUCUUCAGGCUCUUACUAUAUCAUCUUCGAGUGAUUACUUGCUUCCUCAUCUCACCAGCUUUGAAUUACAAAUCGCGUCGUUUUUGACCAUUCUGCUGGACAUGGUCGAGUCCAGACUCGCACCAAGAGACAACUUCUCCCCAAUUCAGUGUGUCGCUUGCCACAAUAGUCCGCCAACCACAGAUUCCGCGCGAUUGGCUGCUCUGACCAAACAGGGUGUUGUGCUCCUCUGGCCCCCACGCGAGCGACCGCGAAAGAAUGCAAUAUUCAUGCUGUAG